AUGUCUCACCUCCUGCCAACCUCAUGUCUCACCUUCCACCAACCUCAUGUCUCACCUCCCACCAACCUCAGAUCUCAUCUCCCACCAAUCUCAGAUCUCAUCUCCCACCAACCUCAUGUCUCACCUCCUACCAAUCUCAUGUCUCACCUCCCACCAACCUCAUGUCUCACCUACUGCCAAGCUCAGAUCUCAUCUCCCACCAACCUCAUGUCUCACCUUCCACCAACCUCAGAUCCCAUCCUACCCCCUCCUCUCAAAUCUAGCUCAGAUCUCAUCACCUACCAAGCUCAUGUCUCACCUCCUACCAAUCUCAUGUCUCACCUCCCACCAACCUCAUGUCUCACCUCCCAACAACCUCAGAUCUCCCCUCCCACCAACCUCAUGUCUCAACUCCCACCAACCUCAUGUCUCACCUCCCAACAACCUCAGAUCUCCCCUCCCACCAACCUCAUGUCUCAACUCCCACCAACCUCAUGUCUCAACUCCCACCUACCUCAGAUCUCAUCCUACCCGAUCUCCUCAAAUCCAGCUCAGAUCUCACCUCCUACCAACCUCAUGUCUCACCUCCUACCAACCUCAUGUUACACCUCCCACCAACCUCAGAUUUCACCUCCCACCAAUCUCAGAUCUCACCUCCCACCAACCUCAUGUCUCACCUCCCACCAACCUCAGAUCUCACCUCCCAACAACCUCAGAUUUCAUCUCCCACCAACCUCAUGUCUCACCUCCUACCAAUCUCAGAUCUCAUCCUAA